AACAGAAAAUACAUCGCAUGGAAACUAGUUAGCCAGACUGAUUCUCGGUUAACAGUGACCUAAGUUAUUAGUAAAGUUGAUAAUUCAUUUACUCAAGUCAGAAUAUAGUGCAAGCCUAUUUCUAGAAAUUAUUAUAAACUUUACCAAAAGUACUCCUCGGUGUUAGUGAAAAAGUCAGCAAAUUUUAAAAGGAAGAGAUGACAAUAAAAUACCUUUUAUUAGUUAUGUAUUUCGUAUUCGGCGCAUACGCAGGCCGUACGUAUGGACCAAAAAUAAGUAAAGGUUACCGCAUUCACAUGUCCAUGGCCCCGUGGCACGCGGGGCUAUACACGAAGACCUCGACUCCGUACAAGCAGAUAUGCGGCGGCACCGUGAUCGCCAAGAAUGUUGUCGUGACAGCUGCGCAUUGCGUCACUGUGGAUCGUGUUGUAUUGCCCGCGUCGCAGUUUGUAGUGGGGGCUGGCAAAGUAUACCGCCCGUGGAACGACACUCACGAUGUCGGUGCUCAGAAAUCGGAUGUGAAAGAUAUAAAGGUACCACCACGUUAUCAAGGAGUGGUGACCAACUUCCAACAUGACAUCGCGCUUCUGAUUCUCACCACCGAGUUCACCUACAACGAGCACGUGAAGCCUGCCUGCUUAAACUUUGAUGCUGUUCACGACGCGGAGCAACUAAGGGAAGGACAGUCGGGCAAGGUUAUGGGCUGGGAUCUGACCGGGGAGAACUCAGCUGCAUCUCAAGUGCUGCAAGGCGCUACAUUGCCGAACGUUGCCAUUGACAAAUGUAUAGACCAAAGCCCAGUGAGCUUCAGGAGCUUCAUUACCGGAGACAAGAUCUGCGCUGGAUACAAUAAUGGCACGGCGGUGUGUCGCGGCGACAGCGGCGGCGGGCUAAUCUUCACUGCAAUAAUGAACUCCCAACUGGCGACGAUCCUCCGCGGCAUCGUCUCCACGUCCCCAGCUACGGAGAACUUGUGCAACAUCUACACCUGGGCCACCUUCACCCACCUGCUUCCACACGAGCACUUCGUGAAGGCGUUCGUGCCCAACGUAGAGGAAGGUUGCGGCACACCAGCUAACGGCGUCAUCGGGACACGUUCAUCUUUAGUAUUAGGCAGAAAUUAUAAUUGCCCUUGUACAUGCCCUGGGCAAUAGCAUAUGAGAACCAAUUCUGAGCAUUAUAAUUAUUUAUACUAUGUAAUAAAGAUAGGCCAAUUGUUGACUUGGGUCGAAA